AUGAUUCAAUUUAAUUGUAAUGGUUCACUUUCAACAACUGCUAAAUGGAUUAUCAAAAAUUGUACAUCGGCAUGUUCAUUUCAAAUUCAACUAAGUAAUAAAAUUAGUACAAUAUUAAGUGAACUUUAUAUUCCAUCAAGAACAUUGGAUUAUGGAAUUUAUGAAUUAACAUUAACUGUCACAAUGAUUGAAUCGCUUAAUCUUAAAUCUUCAUCUUCAGUGUAUGUAAGAGUAACUGCAACAGGCAUAACAGCAAAUCUUGUUCAAUUAGGAACAUCAAUGAUAACACGUGGUAGUCAACAAGAUCUUCAACUUGAUCCUGGAGCAUAUUCCGUUGAUCCCGAUCAAGAUUCAUUUGAUGCGAGUAAAUGGAAAUAUGAAUACUAUUGUCGAGUUUAUGGUUCAUACAAUUUUCCAAAUUUUCAAGGCGUAUUACUGACAAUUGAAAACUCCAAGACUGAUCCUUAUAAUUCAUCAUGUUUAUCAAAUCAAUCAGGAUUAAUAUUCGGAAAUUUAACUGCAUCACCUAAUUCAUCUCUAACAGUUGUCGGUGGCUCACUUCAAUCAAAUCAAAUCUAUCAAUUUAUGGUCUAUAUGGAGAAUCGUAAAAAUUCAUCUAUUCAAGCGACAGGUUAUGUACUUGUUACAGUUGACGAUACUCAUCCACAAUUAAUUGUUAUUGGUUGUGUCAUAUCAAUAUUAUGUGUUCCAAAUCUUGAAUAUCAAUUUGUUAAUCCAACAACACAAGUUGCUCUAUUUGCUCUUUGUGUUGGAACUUGUACAAAUCUUCAAAGUAUUAAAUGGAAUAUUUAUCAAGGAUCAGACAAUUCAACAUCUUCAAAUUCUACUCAAUGGACUUUAUUUAAUAAUACGAUUCUAUAUGAAAAUAUAUGGUUUUUUGGUAAAAAUACAAGUAAUUUUACAGCUACAAAUCAAUUAUUUCUCAAUAAUCCUCAAAUAAAUCUUUGGCGAUUUGAAGUUGUUUAUACAUUUUUAAAUGAAACAAGUACAAGUGCAUUAAAUUUUAUUAUUAAUCAACCUCCUUAUAAUGGUUCAUGUUCAAUUAAUCCGAUGAAUGGUACAACAACUACUUUGUUCACUAUUACGUGUCCAGAUUGGUAUGAUGAAGAUGGAAUUAAAGAUUAUUCAUUAUAUGCAUGGACUACGGAUGUAUCGCAAAGAUUAAUGAUUGCAUAUUCAUCAGUAUCCUAUUUUCAAGUUCGAUUACCAAGUGGAGACAAUCAAACAUCAUUACUCAAUAUUAUUAUUUCUAUUCGCGAUCUUCUUGAUUGUGUUGUAGAAGUAAAUAUGUCUUCUGUAUAUGUUAUUGUAGAUUCUGUAGGAAUUAAUGAUUUAAUUACAAGUCUACAAAGUUCAUCAAAUGCAUUAAUAAGUAAUCAAAUUGUUCAAUUACUUUCAAGUGGAAAUCAAAACAUUGUGGGACAAAUUAUUACUGCAAUCGCUCAACAAUUCAAUCAAAUGAAUACUGAAAAUAUAGAUCAAGCUAUUUCAAGUGGAAUACCAGCUGCAACUAUUUUAGUAUCAUCAUUAGGAAGUUCAAGUUUACAAGUAAAUUCAAUAUCUUUCAAUGAAUCAACUUUGACUGAAUAUAAUAAAAUAUUAAAUGCUCAAGCAAAUCUUCGAGAUUAUUUAAUGACAUUUACAACUGAUCUUCUUAUUACGACAUCAAAUAGUAUCAAAUUACAAUCAUCAGCAUUAGCGCAAAUAACUCAAUCAACAAAUCAAUUAACAAGAGCUGCUCUAUCAAUUGCAUCAAAUAGAUGUUAUCAAUUAUCUGUUGCUUUAUCUUCAAUGGCAACACAAAUUCCAUAUGAAGAUGCUCAAGUAGCAGCAAAUCAACUAAUACAAUGUGCUUCAAAUGUCUUAACCGCUGUAAAUGGACCACUACAAGAAAGAACAAGUACACUUGAUUUAGAUUAUUCUCGUGCAAAUGUAAUAUCUUCUGGUUAUGAUACUGAUCUUGAAUCUGCAUGGUCAAAUACAAAUUUAUUUGGCGGUGGUGAUGAAGCAUCAGUUGAAAAAAAUCGAAAUAUAUAUUAUCAAAAACAAUUAGCAAAUGAAAUUAGCACACAAGUAACAUCAAUUAUUUCAUUAAUAACAUCUUCAUUAAAUAUUCAUUUAAAUAUUGGUCAAAAUUCAAUAAUAAAUACAUCUCAAACAUAUAUGUCAUUAGAAACAAUAUCAACUCAAUCGCUUUCAAAUAGAAUUGUAAAACAAAUUGGAAAUGCUCAGUUUCAUAUUCCAUCAGAGUUUGUUUUGAAUACAAAUGAUAACUCCUCUAUUUCACUUCGAUCAAAAAUGGAUGUACUUGCUCCAUUUGGAAAUUUUUCAAAUACAAAUCUUUCAAGAUCAAUGUCACUUUCAAUUAUUGAUCAAAAUGGAAAUGAAAUUUCGUUUGAAGCCAAUGAAAAUAAUUCAAUAAAACUAAUAAUUCCUCGUGAUCCAAAUCUAGUAAUUCCAUCAAUGUAUUUACAAAAUAUUACAUCAAUUAAUUCAACUCUUAAUAAUUUAUUAUUCAAUUAUCAUUAUAUUAAUAUAACAAGUUCACUUCCAAUUUCAAUUCAUUUUGAAAUUCAUUCUUUAAAUAGAAGUCUUGCUUAUUUAUUUAUUUAUAAAUUUGAUCAAACACCACAAUUAAACAGUUCAAUUAAUCUUAUUGAUGGAUGGACAAUAUUUUGUCCUUUCAAUUUAACCAAUGAUGAUAUAUAUCGAUAUUUUAUUGAUAAUCAACAAACACCUACUCAUCAAUCAUUAAUAUUUGGAAUAAGAGAACUAAAUUCAACAGAAAUGAAUAAUUAUUGUUUAAAUAAUUCUUCAAUAAAUACGUCUUUACCAAUUACCGAUGAAUCAAUUAAUUUUACAUCAAAUUAUGAACUUCGUAUAUAUACAUCAGGUUGUUAUUAUCUUGAUGAAAAUAAUAAUUGGAAAUCAGAUGGAUUAAUUGUUGGAUCAUUGACAAAUCAUUAUGAAACUGAAUGUCUUUCAACUCAUUUGACAACAUUUGCUGGUAGUUUUAUUGUUUUACCUACACCAAUUAAUUGGAGUUAUGUUUUUGCAAAUGCUGAUUUUAUGAAAAAUAAAACAGUUUAUUUAACAAUGAUAUUUACUUCAGUAAUUUACAUCAUUUUAAUGAUUUAUGCACGUUUUAAAGAUAAGAAAGAUUUUGAAAAAUUGGGAGUAACACCAUUAGCUGAUAACAAUAAAUCUGAUCAUUAUUAUUAUCAAAUUCUUGUUUUUACUGGUCAAAGAACAAAUGCAGGAACAGAUUCAAAAGUUUAUUUUGUUUUAUCCGGUGAUACUGAUCAAACACAGAUUCGAUUAUUUUCUGAUCCUCAUCGAAAGAUUUUUCAACGUGGCGGAAUUGAUUCUUUUAUUAUUGCUGUUCCAAAAUCAUUGGGAUUACUGGAUUAUAUUCGUAUUUGGCAUGAUAAUUCAGGUGUAGGUUCUUCGGCAUCAUGGUAUUUAAAAUAUAUUAUCGUUCGAGAUUUGCAAAGUAUGGAUAAAUUUUAUUUUAUUUGUCAACAAUGGCUUGGAGUUGAAAAAGAUGAUGGACGAAUUGAACGAACUUUACCAAUUGCUAGCGAAGCGGAAAAGCAAGAUUUUUCAUAUGUAUUAUCGAAAAAAGCUUAUCAUAGUGUAUCCGAUGGUCAUUUAUGGUUUUCAAUAUUUUCUCGUCCACCAUCAAAUAAAUUUACACGUGUUCAACGAUGUACUUGUUGUUUUGUUUUAUUCUUUACUUCAAUGUUACUUAAUAUAAUGUACUAUGAUUUAUCAAAUGAAGCGAAGGCAUCAAGUGAAACACAUAGUGGUGCUUUAUCAAUUGGUCCUUUUUAUAUAGCACCACAACAGAUUGGAAUUGGUAUAAUGGUCGAACUAUUUACAUUGGUUCCAAAUCUCUUAAUUGUUCAAUUCUUUCGACGUAUUCGACCUCGUCGACAAAUUUCACGAUUACGUGAAGCAUUAUAUAAGAUAAAACCAUCUCGAAAAAGUUCUGAAGAUGUCCCUGUAAUUAAGAAAAAAAAAUCUUCAAUAACAUUUCCUUGGUGGUGUUUAUUUAUUGCUUAUGGUCUUUCACUGAUAAUUAUUGCUGUUUCAAUAUUUUUUAUCAUUGUUCGAGGAAUUGAAUUUGGCGAUGUCAAAACUCAACAAUGGUUAACAUCUGUUCUUACUGGGUUUUUCUCAUCAGUUAUUCUUACUCAACCUAUUAAAAUUAUAUGUUUGGUUAUAUUCUUUAUAUGUUUUUGUCGAAAUUCAAAAGAUGAGAAAGAAACAGGGGAAUACAUAAAUGAAGAUGAUGAAUUUAAUAUAUCUAAUGAUGAGGAGUAUCUUCAUUCACUUGAGUAUCAAUCAUUAUCUUCUCCAUCUUUAAAAAGUAUUAAUCGCCUUAAUGAAAAUGAAAUUGCUAAUGCUCGUGAUCAACGUUUAAAAGAAAUUCAAAUGUGGAAAAUUAUUCGAGAAUUUCUUAUUUAUUUUAUAUUUGCAUUAUUAGUUUUUAUAAUAACUUAUUCAAACCGUGAACAACAUAGUUUUUAUCAAGUCAAUCAUUUACGAACUUAUUUUCUCAAUCAAAGACAAACUACUGUUGAUUAUACUAAUAUCAAUACAAUCGAUGAAUAUUGGUAUUGGUUAGAAAAUAGUUUUGUUUCAAAUAUUCGUGCCCAACAGUGGUAUAAUGGAGAUAUUCCACAAUAUUUAAAUGGAUUUUUAAAUGAUAAAUCUAAUCGAUUAAUUGGUUGGGCAACGAUGAGACAAUUACGUAUUAAACCGGAAUUAUGCUCCGACCAACGUAUUAUUUCAAUAUGCGAAGAUAGUUAUAGUUUUUUUAAUGAAGAAACACAAUUAUUUCAACCAGGAUGGACAAAUGAAACAAUAGAAGAUGAAAUCUAUAGUUCAUCGAUUAAAAAAGCAUUUAACUAUUCUACGAGUGAUGAAUUAGAUACAUACACGUAUGCAGGUGAAUUUGGAACAUAUAGAGGAGGUGGUUAUGUGUAUGAAUUUCGUGGUCGUUUAUCUGAUAUGAAAACAAAUUUAUCUAAACUUCAUCAAUUAGAAUGGAUUGAUGAGAAAACAAGAGCUGUUUUUAUUCAAUUAACAUUAUAUAAUCCAAAUGUUCAAUUAUUAACUGCAGUUACUUUACUUGCUGAAUUUUUACCAACAAGUGGCAUUUACACAACCGCUCGUUUCGAACCAAUUAAUUUCUACACAUUUCAAUCGAUAUUACAAUUAGUUUGUACAAUUAUUUAUAUAUUUUUUAUUAUUUAUUUUAUAAUCGUUGAAAUUCGUUUAUUAUUUGAAUUAAGAUUAAAAUAUUUUCAUCAGUUUUGGUCAUUAAUCCAAUUCGGUAUCAUUGGUUGUUCAUUGGGAAGUAUUGGAGUUUAUUUUUGGCGUUUUCAAGAAACAAAUCGUAUAAGUAAACUAUUUGAACAAACAAAUGGUUAUAUUUAUAUAAAUUUACAACUUGCAGUUUAUGUUAAUGAUGUUUUAACAUUUCUUCUUGGUUAUUGUUGUUUUUUUAGUAUGAUUAAAUUUGUCCAAUUAUUUCGUUUUAAUCAACGAGUAUCUUUAUUUGCUGAAACAUUAAAAUAUUGUGCAAAGGAGCUGAUUUCAUUUUCACUAAUGUUUGCAAUUGUAUUUAUGGCAUAUCUUUGUUUAUUUUAUUUAUUAUUUGUAUCAAAACUUUCGUCAUGUUCAAGUUUAUUAGAAACUGCUCAAAUGCUUUUUGAAAUGACAUUAAUGAAAUUCGAUGCAUCACAAAUAAUGGCAGCUGAUGCUUUUCUUGGUCCAUUCUGUUUUGCUUUAUUUAUUUUUCUAGUUGUCUUUGUUUGUUUAAGUAUGUUUGUUUCAAUAAUUAGUAAUGGCUUUCGUCAUGCGAAAGACAAUCAAAAAGAAGAUCAAAUUAUGCUAUCAUUUAUGCUAAAGAAAUUUUUACGAUGGUCAGGUCUGAAAAAAUUAAAUCAAGAAGAAAUUCAAGAAGAACGAGAUUGUCGAAUGCAUUCACAAUAUUUUGAUCCAAUUGAAAAUUUUCCUGAUAGAAUGGAUGAAUUCCUGCAAGCACUCAAUAAAAUUUAUAUUGACCAAAAAAUCGAAUUAUCAAGACUGGAAAAAGCUGGAGUUUAA